AGUGGCUCAAUAAAUAUAAAGCCAUCCCAAAUCACGUUGUAUAAAAAUUGUGUGUGUGUUCUGUCCCUACAGGAGUUUGCUGGUGAGGGCCUGCGGACCCUGGCUCUAGCUUAUAAGGACCUGGAUGAGGAAUACUUCAGCAGCUGGAAACAGCGCCACCAUGAGGCCAGCACAGCCCUGGAGGACAGAGAGGACAAACUCGACCUGCUCUAUGAGGAGAUAGAGAAAGACCUGAUGUUGCUGGGAGCUACAGCCAUAGAGGAUAAGCUCCAGGAUGGUGUGCCACAGACCAUCGAGCAGCUCGCCAAAGCUGACAUCAAGAUCUGGGUGCUCACUGGCGACAAACAGGAGACGGCGGAGAACAUUGGCUACUCCUGCAACAUGCUGCGAGAGGAGAUGAACGACAUCUUCAUCGUGUCGGCCAACAACUCAGACGAUGUCAGACAGGAACUGAGGAAUGCAUGGAGCACCAUGAAACCAGGUGCAGAGGAGGAGGCCAAUUUCAUGCCAGAGGGUAACAAGCCGGGGAACAAGCCGAAGGUGGUCAGGGACGAGGAGGUGAACGGGGAGUACGGCCUGGUCAUCAACGGACACAGUCUGGCCUAUGCCCUAGAGGGGAGCAUGGAGCUGCUGUUCCUGCGUACAGCCUGUCUGUGUAAGACAGUGAUCUGCUGCAGGGUGACUCCACUACAGAAGGCCCAGGUGGUUGAGCUGGUCAAGAAAUACAAACAGGCCGUCACUCUGGCCAUAGGAGACGGGGCCAACGACGUCAGCAUGAUUAAAGCUGCUCAUAUAGGUGUAGGUAUAAGCGGUCAGGAGGGGAUGCAGGCGGUCCUCUCUUCAGAUUACUCCUUCGCUCAGUUUCGCUUCCUAGAGCGCCUCCUCCUGGUCCACGGUCGCUGGUCCUACCUGAGGAUGUGUAAGUUCCUGCGUUACUUCUUCUACAAGAACUUCACCUUUACCUUCGUCCACUUCUGGUACGCCUUCUUCUGCGGAUUCUCAGCACAGACCGUGUAUGACGAGUGGUUCAUCACGUUGUAUAACCUAGUCUACACAGCACUUCCUGUACUGGGUAUGAGUCUGUUUGACCAGGAUGUGAAUGACAUGUGGCGUUUCCAGCACCCCCAGCUGUACGUUCCAGGCCAGAUAAAUCAGUACUUCAGUAAGACAGCCUUCUUUAAGUGUGCCCUCCACAGUAUCUACAGCUCAGUAGUGCUGUUCUUCAUCCCCCUAACUGCCAUGUACGACACGGUCCGAGACGACGGGCGAGACAUUGCCGACUACCAGUCCUUCACGCCCUGCUGGCACAGACCUCUGUGUCUGGACAUGUCUUACUGGACAGCGGUGAACCACUUCUUUGUGUGGGGGAGUCUGGCCUUGUUUUUCACUGUCACCUUCACCAUGUACAGCAACGGCACGUACCUCAUCUUCCCUGCAUCCUUCCCCUUCAUCG